CAGGUUGUAGGACCGCCUUCGUUGUGCGAAACCACCUGUAUUAGAAGCUAUAUAAACCCCUUCGCAGAUUCCCUGGGAAAGAACGAGAAGAGCUCAAACGCUGAACCGGAACACCCAAAAGCCCAGGCACACCAGCGCAACUCGCCUGAUUCACCGGACAGCCAAUCCACGCUCCAGCUUUACAGACAAGCCAGCCGCUUCUUUAAGCCGAUCAGCCCGGAAACAAAGCAGGGCACUCUCACAAAAGAGGAACUCAGACAAGAAACUCGGAUCUUUCUCCUUUGCUUUCUGACAAAUCUCCAGCCAAGAUGAUGAUGCAGCAGCUGGCAGAAAGCAACAACCAGAAGAACUCCCUGUUCAACGCGAUGAACCGCUUCAUCGGCGCCGUGAACAACAUGGACCAGACCGUCAUGGUGCCCAGCCUGCUGCGGGACGUCCCGCUGGGCGAGGAGAGCGAGAUGAGCUCCAUGAAGUCGGACGUGGACGAGGGGGACAUGUACAGCUACUACCAGCUGCUCAAGUCCAUCCGCACGGACAUCGAGUGGGGAGUCAGGUGCGCCGCGGCCGACGAGAGGCGCAAGGAGGGCAUGAAGAUGACACGCACAAACUCCUCCAUGUCCGUGUCUUCCUCCGCGUCGAUGUCGUCCGAGGAGGACGACGACGAAGAGGACGAGGACCUGGAGAAGCAGUUCCAGUACCAUCUGACCGGACUGCAAGAUGUUCUGUCCAAGCUCACUCAGCAGGCCAACACACUCACCAAGCGCUACAAGAAGGAGAUUGGCAUCGGAGGCUGGGGCCAGUAAACCAACAGAAACUGAGAGACAGUUUUUUUUCACUGCAGUAGCUCAACUGACUUUUCUCAAUAGGCCAUGUUCCUGGUUUCCUUUUCAACUGAUGACAUUUAUGGAUAAACUUUUUGAUAGUAGAGAAGAAGGCAGCCUCCUCUGUCUACAAACCUACAUGGUGUUGGUCUACUCUUUGGUACUGACUGUAGAUGUGUUGAUCCUGAAGAAAGCAUUUGUGUGCUACUUACUCACUAAGGGUUUUAUUUGCACUCCAAAGUGUUGCACACAUUAUGCCUCACGUGAUACAUAAAUGAAACAUAUUUAAGCCGUUAUUUAAUGCAUAUUUAUUACUUCACACUGUAUGUUUGAGAGCCAAAUGUUAUUUCAAAGCUUGAGAAAGAAGUGGACCAUGUCCCCGGCACAACCUGUCAUUCGAACAGCCCCUAUGUGGGGGAAUACUGACGAAAGACUCCGCAUCCCCUGUGAUGCUGAUGAUGUUAGUGAGUUCGGAUGAUUGUUAUUUUUUUUCUCUUUCUCUGUAGAACCAUUACUCCAUUCACUUGUUGUGUUUUCUAAUGCCUGGAAGGAGGCAGAUGCUUACUGUAGCUGCCUAUGAUCUCCUAAUGUCCUACAUGGUCAAUGAACUGGAAUCAACUGAUAAUUCUUCCGCACGAAGAAUAAUGAGAGUUUCCAUGAGAUGCAUUGUUGUUGUUGUUGUCAUUGUCAUUUUCUGUCAUCAUGGUAUUAUUUUUGUUUAGGUCCAUCUGUCAAACUUAGCAAGUGCUUUUGUGCACCUUCUGCACCGUUUUUAUACUGAUAACAUGUGUUUGUAAAAUAAACUUUUCUAUAAAUGUA